AUGGCGCCAUAUACACCCAUUCCGAGCGGUCCGACAGGAUCCAAUGUCUCGUCCCCCCGCCGACCCCUGUCCUUCCGUCUGCAGUCUAGGCGCCAAAGCUUGAUGCCGGAUCCGGACGAGAUGGACCGGGCCUUUGACGGACCAGGAGACGACGAGGAUGACACCCAUGAGAGCCACGCGCUUCUAGGCAACAAUCCACCGGCAGCGGCGGCACCGCAGGGUCGAUCUGGCACGCCGCCCAUGCCGGGCGACUACGACUUCAAUCGCGACUACUUUCUUCCUCCUUCGGAUUCACCCCCACCGUUCGAGCCGUACUCGGCACACAAUCCUGCCCCCGGUAACAGCAACGGCAUUAUGCCAUCCGAGCCUGUAGCACGCCCUCAGCAGGCUCGUCACUUCCUCGGCGGUGUGUUGCCCUCGGCUUUCCUGCCAAGAAAAGAGGCGCCACACGCCGUUGGUGGCGGGCAGAGCGGUGUGUUUGCCAACCUCUCCGCGCGCCCUGAUGGGCAGCCGAUCGAGCGCCGAGAGGACGGUGUUGAGUUUGCCAAUGAGGACGAGUUGAAAGACGCGCCACCCUCGUAUCAGUCGGCACUGCGUGACGCUGUUCCUCCCUACUGGGACACGACUGUUGUUCUUCCGUCUUCCUCGUCGCCAUUUGGUCCGCUUCACUCUUCCAUCAACGGGGACGAGAUUCUGAUCGACGGCAUGCCCUCGGGCAACUUCUUCGGUUUCAUCUGGAACUUGAUCGUUUCGGUCUCCUUCCAAUGGGUCGGCUUCCUUCUCACAUACGUUCUGCACACUACCCACGCCGCCAAGCACGGCUCGCGCGCCGGCCUCGGCAUCACGCUUGUUCGAUUUGGCCUUUACCUUCGCCAGACGGGCAUCGAGUACCAGGAGACUGGGCACUACCCCGGCGACUUUGACAUCGACCCUGUCACGGGUGACUACAAGAACGAUGUGUCUGCGGAGGAACAGCUCAAGAUGUACGGGUCGCAGAGCUGGCCCAUCCCGAUCGCCGACAUAUUCAACCCUGGCUCGAACGCGACGAUCAUCCUGCACAACUUGGAUGAGGCCAAGGACUACGCACACAAGUACAACCACUCGCUGCUUGACCUCAUGCGGCCGCCUGCGCAGGACGUUGGCCGCUCGUAUGUUUGGUUCAGCUUCCUGCUCAUGGUAUGUGGCUGGUUCCUCGUGCUGGCGUCGGUUGGCGGCUGGUGGCGCGUGAAGCGUUUCGAGCGCAAGCUGCACCAGGCGCAGCGCGAGAGUGAGGCCGCGCAGGCCGCUGCUCGCGGCGAGGUGCUUGAGGGCGACGACGACGACGACUCUCCGGCACGGCCCGGCCCGCACCAGCUGUCGUACUACACGGCGGUGUUCACACAGGCGCUAAACGGUGCGCGUGAGAUGCAGCAAGGCUUCUUCGGCGCGCGGGGUCGUCGGCUCAACCGCGGCGACACGCUCUUCGGGCAGGACGAGAGCGAGCGAGACCUCCUCGAGGCGCAAGGGUAUGGCCUCGAGCCGAUGGCGCGUACGCGAUCGUCUGACGACGAUACGGGGCGCCGUGCUGGCCUGUGGGGCAAUAUGCGAUAG